UCUUUCUGUCUCCGGCCGCCAUGUCUGCGCAUCUGCAAUGGAUGGUCGUUCGGAACUGUUCCAGUUUCCUCAUCAAGAGGAAUAAGCAGACGUACAGCGCUGAACCCGAUAAUCUGAAGGCCUGCAACUCCUUCCGCUACAACGGGCUGAUUCACCGCAAGACUGUGGGAGUGGAGCCCACGGCCGACAGCAAAGGGGUCGUGGAGGUCAUGAAACACAGAUCGGGUCAGCGAAAACCAGCCACUUCUUAUGUGAGGACCACCAUCAACAAAAAUGCACAGGCCACCCUGAGCAGCAUCAGGUACAUGAUCCGAAAGAACAAGUACCGCCCCGAUCUGCACAUGGCUGCCAUCCGCAGGGCCAGUGCCAUCCUGCGAAGCCAGAAGCCCGUGGUGGUAAAGAGGAAAUGGACCCAUCCCACCAAGAGCUCCUAAGCCCUACACCCCAGUAACAAUAAAGAGUCCGCUGACUUUUUC